AGGGAGCGAGCGGGGAACGGAAGGGAGAUGAAGGCGUCCAGCGACCGGAGAUCGGAAAUUCCGGCGGAUGAGAGGCGAAAGGCGGUGGGCGGCAGUAGCGGAGAAGCGACGAGGCAUCCAGUGUUCAGGGGGGUAAGGAAGAGGCGGUGGGGAAGGUGGGUAUCGGAGAUCCGAGAGCCGCGGAAGAAGUCGAGGAUUUGGCUGGGGUCGUUCCCGACUCCGGAGAUGGCCGCGCGAGCAUACGACGCGGCGGCGUUGUGCCUGAAGGGGAGGAAGGCAGCCCUCAACUUCCCGGACGAGGCGGAGCUUCUUCCACGUCCCGCCACCUCCUCCCCUAGGGACAUCCAGGCCGCCGCUGCAGCGGCUGCCUCGUCUUUCGUGGGGAAGUCGGUGACGGGUUCCUGUGCGGAUGGUGGAGCCGCCUUGGUGGUGGGGGUCGCCGAAGAGUUCGUCGUUGGUGGCGAAGGACGAGAUGGCAACAAGGACGACUUCUGGGAGGAGUUGCCGGCAUUGCUCAAGGGGAACAUCAACGAGGAGUGGUGGUCGGGAUUGGACUGCGGGCAGGCCGUGGGAGAGGUGGAAGAGUGGUCGCCGGAUUGCGUUACGGAUGUGUGCCUGUGGAACUUUUCCUGCGUCUCCUAGCGGAUGAAGAUGCCGGCCGGACUCUUGUCUCCCUCCCUCGUUUGCGGGUUGAAAGUCUCUUGCACCUUUUUGUGCUUAUUUUUUCUUCUUCUUUUUUUCAGCACCUACGUAAAUGUUCCAUAACCGAGUCUCCACAGUCCACCCUCCUCCCCCAUUCCUCUCUCUCUCUCUGAAAAUCCCAAGGUCAACUCUGACGCGCAUGCACACAGACCCACCAUCUCUCUCUCUCUCUCUCAGUUGUAAACGCAGGCAAUUAAUGUACUCCAGCUGAAUACGUUGGUCUGUUUUCCAAUAUUAGAUACAAUAAAAAAACGAUUUGAUUGUUUUCUUGUAA